UAAUUUGAUGUUUGAUUUAAGUUUUAAAAAACAUAAAUAAAAAAUUAUCAUUUUGAUUUUUAAAUUAAUAAAACAUAAACUAAUAAAUGUUCACAAAAAAUAGGCUCGCUUGUGCGGGCAAAACUCCUAGUACACAUAUAUAUUCGUAAAACUUUAAAAAUAAACCCAUGUAUUAUGUAUACUCUCUGAUUUAUUUUAGCUUUUUCUCCAGAUUCAUCAUUCAUGUCGACUAUUUGGUUCACGCUUAACACAGUUCUGAACACGGCUUAUAACGAAGAUUAAUUUCGGAAAAAAACAACUCCACACCUUUUGUGUAAUCAAGAACAUCAAUUUCGCAGUUUGAUCUAUCACAAUGUAUUCUUCUCUAUCCAAAAUAAUUAAUUUAUACCCAACAAUAAGCUUACCAAGUCGCCCUUCGAACAACCUUUGAAUUGGUCUAAUAGUCUCAGAUUCUUAUAACUUUUUUGUAAGAAAGCGACUAUUAGUAAUUUAAUGUCAAGUAAUGGGCCGGAGAAAGAGGUCAAUUACAUGAACAUUUAUAAAAGACAAAUCAAUAUUUGGUUCGGAUUACUCAAAAGCAUAGCAAAAUGAAACGACUUUAACAUUCGAUUAAACCCACAAAAUUGGUAACGUGUUGUCUCAAAACUUCUAGGUUCAGUUUAUUUAGAUAAAAUCCAGUACUAUCAGAAAAAGAAGAAGAGGUUGGUCUUUUAUUCCCAUCCCUAUAAACAAUGAUGUUUCCGAAGACAGUAGCACAAUUCUAUGGUCUCCUUUGAUCUGUAGUGUUAAACCAUAAAAAAAGUUAACAAGUAAUAAUAAUAAUAAAUAAGCCAAUCUGGUUUCAAAUAUUUACUCAUUACUCAUCAGAUUCAUGUAUGUUGAAGGAAACAUUAAAAAGAUCUACGUUUCGUAGGUCCCUCAUAUUAAUCAACUUUUAAGCGUUAUUUUCAUUUCAUUUAUUUUUUGUUUGGGUGCUAUUUGAGUAAUUAUGAUAUUGAUUAGACUAAUUUCAUCGCUAUCCUGCUACUUAUGUCCCAUGGCUUAUGUCAGUCCAAAACGCAGUGAUUAGUGUUAGAUUUUGUGAUCUUUUGUUUAUUAUUAUUACUCUUUACAUAUAAGCAUAUCAAUGGACCAAAAAAUAUUUAAGAAAAAUUUCCUUCGGGUCUUUAUUUAAUUUAAGGGUAUUUCUUUGACUACCCCUUACCAAUUUAUUAAAGUAUAUUAGGUUCCUAGAUUCACGUCAUGUGGCUUGUUGGUUUCCAACGCUGUAUUUUACUCAUUUAUAUGAAUUUUUUUAAAAUUAUAUUCUCAUUCUUAGGAUAUACGGGAUUUGAUAAAUUCAAAGUUCCCACUAAAUUUUUUUAAUUUACAGCUUAUAAAUUACAUAAAAAAAUAUAUGUAUUUCCCCAAAAUAAAAAUAAAACUGACAAGUGGAGAUAAAUAACAGAAGUUAACAUUUAAUAUAUUAUUUUGUCUACAAGUGAAUAUUAAUUACAUGUAUACUACAUUAUUGACCCCAAAAAAAGAAAUUAGUAAAAAAAAUAAAUAAAUAAACAACUCAGAGAAAAAUACAAAACUGCGUCCAAGUUCGGUUCAUGUAAGAACAAGUGGGACCCAACAGUUUCCCAAAUCUAAAAUAAAAAAUCUCCAAAACCUUCUUCUAAAACCAACGGCUCCAACCUUUACUCACACAUGUAUUAUAAAUUACACUUUCCUUUUUAUUCUCCAAUGGCGGCUUAAGGCAUAAACUCCGUCACUAAUCUCAGAACCUGAGUGUCUACAAAUCACAGAACACGGAAACAACUUAUAGAGGUCUAAAACUCGCUAAGCAUCUGAGCUGAAGACUUGAGAACAUCUUUCAAGUACUUAUCUUCUUUGCAUGUUCUCUCUCCGGCUUAUAUAUAUAUAUAUAUGUAUAACAUAUAUGUACAUGUACGUGCACCACGUUUUUAUAUAGGUUUCAGAUUUGUCGCUAUCUCUCUCUCCUCUUUUUAAGAUUCUUUUUCUAGAUUUGUUCUCUCUCUCUCUCUUUUUUUCCGGUCUCGUCGUUUUCGUUCAUCGGAAUGCCACCGAGUAAUCGAAGAUUAUCACACGUUACUGCGCUGGAGUUUUAUAAGUUCGAUCAGAUCUGAGAACGGAAGACAGUUUGGUCUUAAUAAAAUCAUGUCUUUCAGUUAUAUAGAUUCAUGGGUUUAAACAUUUUCAUGGAAAGAAGAAGAUGAUGGCGAGAGAAGUAGCUUCUGGGUUAUUGAUACUAUUCUCGAUACUGAUCUGUGUUUCUCCGGCGGCGGCUGGAAACGGCGGCGGGUGUAACUGCGAAGACGAAGGAGUAAGCUUCUGGAGCACAGAGAACAUCCUUGAGACGCAACGAGUAAGCGACUUCUUGAUCGCAGUCGCUUACUUCUCAAUCCCGAUCGAGUUACUCUACUUCGUGAGCUGCUCCAACGUCCCAUUCAAAUGGGUCCUCUUCGAGUUCAUCGCCUUCAUUGUCCUCUGCGGUAUGACUCAUCUCCUCCACGGUUGGACUUACGGUCCCCACCCUUUCAAGCUCAUGGUGGCGUUGACCGUUUUCAAGAUGUUGACCGCUCUCGUCUCCUGCGCCACUGCCAUCACCCUCAUCACUCUCAUCCCUCUCCUUCUCAAAGUUAAGGUUCGAGAGUUUAUGCUCAAGAAGAAGGCUCAUGAGCUUGGACGUGAAGUUGGUCUCAUUAUGAUUCAGAAAGAGACCGGCGUUCACGUCCGUAUGCUUACUCAAGAGAUACGCAAGUCCUUGGACCGUCACACGAUUCUUUACACCACUUUGGUUGAGCUUUCGAAGACUUUAGCGUUGCAGAACUGUGCCGUGUGGAUGGAGAAUGAAGGUAAGAGUGAGAUGAAUCUGACUCAUGAGCUUAGAGGGAGCUCAGGGAGGAGUGGUUAUGGCUACUCUGUUUCUAUGCAUGAUGUGGACGUUGUUAGGGUUAGAGAAAGCAAUGAUGUGAAUAUACUAAGCGUUGACUCGUUGAUAGCUCGAGCUAGCGGCGGAGAUGUGAGUGAGAUUGGACCGGUGGCUGCCAUUAGAAUGCCGAUGCUUCGCGUGUCGGAUUUCAAAGGAGGGACGCCUGAGUUGAUUCAGACAUGUUACGCCAUACUCGUCUGCGUGUUACCUAGCGGACAGCCUCGGGACUGGAGUUAUCAGGAGAUUGAGAUUGUUAAGGUCGUGGCUGAUCAAGUAGCCGUUGCGUUGUCUCACGCAGCGGUUCUUGAGGAGUCUCAGAUGAUGAGGGACAAGCUCGCGGACCAGAACCGGGCCUUGCAGAUCGCGAAGAGGGACGCGAUGAGGGCGAGCCAGGCGAGGAAUGUGUUGCAGAAAGCGAUGAGCGAAGGGAUGAGACGUCCGAUGCAUUCUAUACUUGGUCUUUUGUCGAUGAUACAGGACGAGAAGUUGAGUAAUGAACAGAAGAUGAUUGUUGAUACGAUGGUGAAGACCGGGAAUGUUAUGUCGAAUUUGGUCGGGGACGCGAUGGAUGUUUCGGACGGUAGAUUUGUCACGGAGAUGAAGCCGUUUAGUCUGCACCGCACGGUCCGUGAAGCGGCUUGCUUGGCGAGGUGUUUGUGUCUUUACAAUGGGUUUCGGUUUACGGUUGAUGCGGAGAAGUCUCUGCCUGAUAAUGUAGUGGGAGAUGAAAGAAGAGUGUUUCAGGUGAUACUUCAUAUGGUUGGUAGUUUAGUAAAGCCUAGAAAGUGUCGAGAAGGAUCCUUGUCGUCGUCGGUGAUCUUUAAGGUUUUUAAAGAAAGAGGAAGCUUGGAUAGGAGUGAUCAAAGAUGGGCUGCAUGGAGAUCACCUACUUGUUCGGCGGAUGGAGAUGUGUACAUAAGAUUCGAAAUGAGUGUUGAGAAUGAUGGUUCAGGCUCUCAAUCAUUUGCUUCUGUUUCGUCAAGAGAUCAAGAAGUUGGCGAAGUGAGAUUAUCUGGCUAUGGGUUAGGACAAGAUCUAAGCUUUGGUGUUUGUAAGAAAGUGGUGGAGUUAAUUAAAGGGAACAUCUCGGUGGUCCCUGGAUCGGACGGCUCACCGGAAACCAUGUCACUGCUCCUCAGGUUUCGACGCCGGCCGUCCAUAUCAGUCCAUGGAAUAGGGGAAGCACCGGCUCUAGACCACCACCUUCACCCUCAUUCUGAUUCUCUAUUACGUGGCUUGCAAGUUUUAUUAGUAGACACCAACGAUUCAAACCGGGCGGUUACGCGUAAACUUUUAGAAAAACUUGGCUGCAUUGUAACCGCGGUAUCAUCUGGAUACGAUUGCCUCACUGCCAUUGCACCUAGCUCUUCCUCAUCUUCCCCGACGUUCCAAGUGGUGGUGCUUGAUCUACAAAUGGCAGAGAUGGAUGGCUAUGAAGUUGCCAUGAGGAUCAGGAGCCGAUCUUGGCCGUUGAUUGUCGCAAUGACCGUGAGCUUGGACGAAGAAAUGUGGGACAAGUGUAUGCAGAUUGGGAUCAAUGGAGUUGUGAGAAAGCCGGUCAUGUUAAGAGCUAUGGAGAGUGAGCUCCGGAGAGUAUUGUUGCAAGCUGACCAACUUCUCUAGUUGAUCUAAAAUUGUCAUCUACAUUCAAAUUUGUACAACAUUGUUUUUACACCAUAUAUUAAGUGAAAUAUCAAAAGAAAAUUUCCAAAUUGUUAUAUUAUAUAUACCACCAAUAUUACUAUGAUAUGUAUAUCUUGUCUUUUUGUUCUUUUCCUCUUUUGGACCCUACGAAAUUGCAUGUGAAUCUUAGUAUUUUGGUAGGGUAAGACCGCAAUAUAAUAUUAGAAAACAAAAUUGUUCAACUUUAUGAAUACCUAGUUAACUUUUAUAGUAGGUCACCACCAUCACAUUAUCACGUUUCUAUGUUCAAAAUAAAACAUUGCUAUGCUAUUAUUUUCAUAUUUUGUCAACUUCAUUUGUUCUCUUUACAUCUUUUGGAAAUAAAAUCAACACAGAACACAUCAAUAGAAGCAUGUGACAUGCUGCUUGCUUAGAUGUCUUCUUUAAGUAAAAGUUUCAUGAAUAUUUGCGACUUAUUUAUUUAUAUUUCUGUCUGCCACUUUGUGAGCUUUAUUAGUUACCAGUUGAUCAAUAUAUAUUAGAAAAUGUUAGAUACAUGCCCCCUGGACUAGUGAAGAUUAAACUAAACUGCACAUUCCUCGAGCCUAUUAAACUAUAAAAACUGCAUAAAAUAAAGUAGAAAUGGAUUGGAUUUGCAGAAAGUGAAUCUAGGGAGAGAUGGGUUUACACAUCUGGCUAGUAUAUUAUAUAAUCAAACCCACUUGUGGUAAUACAUUUGUUUCUUCGAACCUGACAAUCUCUAUAGAAUACUAUUAAUCAUUAGUACAAACUUAAAAUACUUAUUAUUUGACAACUACAGUAAAACCCCUUAUGGCAGAUAGAUGGCCACUCUUCACUUUACAUUCAACUUUUGCGGACGCAUCCUAACCAUCUCGACUAGAAUAGUUUUGAGAAAAA